CGCCCGCCCGCCUUUGACAGCCCCGGGGGCGGGGGAGCGAGCGACGCCGGUCACGUAGCGAACGAAGCAACAGGAGCCGCUUGCGCCCCGGCCAACUUCCUCGUCGACCGCGGGACAUUGCCGUCCCCUCAGGGACGAGGCGGGAGAGUUCCGCCUUCCUCUCUCAGUCUUCAUCUUCCUCGCCUCUUCGCUGACAUCUCUUCGCGAGCCGCAGACGGCGCACUUCCUUUCAAGGCACACACUCAUCCUGCGCUGCUGCUGAUCGAAGUAAAAGUCUUCAUCAAAAAUUUGUUUGAUGACUCAAACAUGGAUCCCAUAUCAUUCAAAGUUAAAAAUCCUGAAGCAACCAGUGAUGGCUCAGUAGACUUCAGUCUUCAGCUAGUAGGUUCUCUGCCAGUACACUCUCUAACCACUAUGCCAGUGCUCCCUUGGAUUGUGGCAGAGAUUCGGCAGCUCAGCACACACUCCUUGAAGGAAGAGCCUAACUCCAGCCAAAUACGGCUUUAUGUCUCUCCGACCAGGCUGCGAUGUGAAGCAGACACAGGGAAAACCCAGCAGUGGGAUCCUCUGAUUUGUUCCAGCCUGUUUGAGUGUAAGCCGCAGCAUGUCCACAAACUGAUUCACAACAGUCAUGAUCCAAGCUACUUUGCCUGCUUAAUAAAAGAUGGAGCAACAAACCCCCAAAGUAUCUGUUACGUAUUCAAAGCUGAUGAUCAAACAAAAGUGCCUGAGAUCAUAAGCACUAUCAGACAAGCAGGAAAAAUUGCACGGCAGGAAGAGUUUCAGAACAACCUUUCAGAUGUGGAAGAUCCUUUUAGUAAAAAAUUUGAGGUGCUAUUCUGUGGCCGAGUGACAGUAGCGCACAAAAAUGCACCUCCAGCCCUCAUAGAUGAAUGUAUUGAAAAAUUUAAUGAUGUUAGUUAUACCAAAAACUUGGAUUCUGGUCCAUUCGCUCAACAACAUGAAACUGUCAACCAUUCUGGAGGAUUUUCCAUAAGUGAUAAAUUCCGAUCCGUCUUCCAACCCUUAGUUAAUGAAGAACAGGAGAAGAAGCCGAUGCGGAAAUCCUACUCUCAGCCCGGACUGCGUUCUUGUGCUUUCAAGAGAGAUUCACAAGCAGGUUGCCUGAAGACAAGUAACAGCUUUGUCAGAUCCUUUGAUGAAGAUGCUGUUUCUCUGAACUUAAAAAGUCGAUUUAUUCACGGGCAAAACGUUCAGCCAACGGAUAUUGCUGGGAACCGGAUAAUGCUGUUCACGAUUGGCCAGUCUGAAGUUUACAUCAUCAGUCCUGAUACCAAAAAAGUAGUUAUUGAGAAAAGCUUUAAGGAAAUUUCAUUUUGCUCUCAGGGAAUUAGACAUGUGGAUCACUUUGGAUUUAUCUGCAGAGAGCCUUCGGAAAAUGGAGGCUUCCAUUUCGUUUGUUACGUGUUUCAAUGUACAGAUGAAGCUCUGGUUGAUGAGAUCAUGAUGACUUUGAAACAGGCUUUUACAGUAGCUGCUAUACAACAAACUGCCAAAGCACAAGUCCAACUCUGUGAAGGAUGUCCCAUGCAGUGCCUGCAUAAACUCUGUGAAAGAAUAGAAGGGUUACAUCCUUCUAAAACUAAACUAGAAAUCCAAAAGCAUCUAACAACGCUGAACAACCAGGAGCAGGCCUCAGUCUUUGAAGAAAUUCAGAAAAUAAGGCCAAGAAAUGAACAGAAGGAGAAUGAGUUAAUAAUCUCUGUCCUGAGAGUUAUGUAUGAGGAAAAGCAAAAGGAUCAUAUCCACCUUAGUGAAGCCAAGCAGACGUCACAGUCGUCAGUAGAGGCCAUGGGAAAUGAGAUGCCAAGCAACACACCCCGGUUCAGACUGGAUAUGUUGAAGAGCAAGGCUAAAAGGUCACUGACGGAGUCAUUAGACAGUAUUUUAUCUCGGGGGAAUAAAGCCAAAAGUCAACUGGAAAGUUCUGGAAGUAUUGAUUUGGACAGCUCCUUGUCUAGCACACAAAGCACAACAAGUAAAGAAACAUCUCUGUUUGAGAAAGAAGACCUUCCCCCAGAGAGCCCCCUCAAGGCAAAUGGAUCUGUAGGUGAUAUCUCAAGUGAGCUAGAAAGCCUGUCUACUGAACAGUCUGCAAAAUCAGCUUACCAGGGAUUUAGAAGGCGAGCUAAUACUCUGACCCAUGUGCCAACUGAAAGCCAGGAAGCCUCAGAACCCACUGAAGCAUCUCCAACUGUUCCCCAAAGGAAACUUAUGAGGUAUCAUUCGGUGAGCACAGAGACUCCAAACCAGCAAAACUCUAAAAGUUCUUCCGAUCAGUCAUCACCGGCUCCUCCUCCUCCUCCUCCUCCUCCGCCAGCUCGUCUUAAUCCCUCGGCCUCUUCGCCCAAUUUCUUUAAACAUUUUAGGCAUAAUUCAAGCGGAGAACAAAGUGGGCAUGCUGUGCCAAAGAGCACCUCCUACCGUUCUGCUCUACGGAAAAAGCUUCACUCUUCCUCUUCUGUGCCAAACUUCUUAAAAUUUCUGGCUCCUGUAGAUGAAAAUAACACCUCUGACUUUAGGAACACAAAAAGUGACUACAAGCCCAAGUCAAGUGAAGCAGCUUCUAUCCACGAAAGCCCUGUGAGGACCCGCCGGCAUUCAUGGAGACAACAGAUAUUCUUAAGAGUGGCAACCCCACAGAAAGGAUGCGAUUCUCCUAGUUGGCACGAUGAAUACUCUGAGUUGGGCGAACUUCCACCCAGAUCACCAUUGCAAGCAGUUUGUGAAGAUGGUCCCUUUAGGGCAGUAAAAGAAGAGAGGAAGAGGACACCCAGAGAGCUUCGGGAACUGUGGCAAAAAGCAAUUCUGCAGCAGAUACUACUUCUUAGGAUGGAAAAGGAAAAUCAAAAGUUGCAAGCUUCUGAAAACAAUCUGCUAAACAAACGUCUGAAGCUUGAUUAUGAAGAAAUCACCCCAUGCCUCAAAGAGGUAACAUUGGUCUGGGAAAAAAUGUUGAGUACGCCAGGAAGGUCAAAGGUGAAGUUUGAUAUGGAAAAAAUACAUUCUGCUGUUGGAAAAGGAGUUCCUCGCCAUCACCGGGGUGAAAUCUGGAAGUUUUUAGCUGAACAAUACCAGCUUAAGCCGCAGUUUGCAAAUAAACAGCAACCAAAGGAUACACCAUACAAAGAACUCCUAAAGCAGCUAACCUCUCAGCAGCAUGCAAUACUUAUUGACCUAGGCCGCACCUUUCCGACGCAUCCAUAUUUCUCAGCCCAGCUUGGAGCUGGGCAGCUGUCACUUUACAAUAUCUUGAAGGCCUAUUCCCUCUUGGAUCCAGAAGUCGGCUAUUGCCAGGGCCUCAGCUUUGUAGCCGGUGUGCUGUUGCUUCAUAUGAGCGAAGAAGAGGCUUUCAAGAUGCUCAAGUUCCUUAUGUUUGACAUGGGCCUGAGGAAGCAGUAUCGGCCUGACAUGACAAUUUUACAGAUUCAGAUGUAUCAACUUUCUCGACUUCUUCAUGAUUACCACAGAGAUCUCUACAAUCAUUUUGAAGCACAUGAAAUUGGACCUAGUCUGUAUGCUGCCCCCUGGUUUCUUACCAUGUUUGCCUCUCAGUUUCCCCUGGGGUUUGUGGCUAGAGUGUUUGACAUGCUGUUUCUCCAAGGAUCAGAAGUUAUAUUUAAAGUGGCUUUAAGUUUGCUGGGAAGCCAUAAGCCCUUAAUUCUGCAACAUGAAAACUUGGAAACUAUAGUUGAUUUCGUUAAAUGUAUUCUCCCAAAUCUGGGUUUGGUACAGAUGGAAAAAACCAUAAACCAGGUAUUUGAGAUGGAUAUUGCCAAACAGCUGCAAGCUUAUGAAGUUGAAUAUCAUGUGCUUCAAGAUGAAUUGAUAGAUUCUUCUCUCAAUGACAAUCAAAGGAUGGAUAAAUUGGAAAAAGCCAACACCAAUUUACGUAAACAAAACUUUGACCUCCUUGAGGAGCUGCAGAUGGCAAAUGGAAAGAUCCAAAACCUAGAAGCCAUGGUUGAUGCUUUGCUCAACAAUGAAAGCAAGCUGAGGCAGACAAUUCUCACUCUAGAACUGGAGAGGAAAGCACUGCUGGAAACGGUAAAGGAGAUGCACAUACAUUCAGCAAGCCCCAGUGGAAAGCCUCUUCUUACCAGGCAAGAACAUAUGGAUUCUGCUAACUGACAGCUGCAGACAUAAUGGAGGAGGCAAGUUCAGAUAAGAAGGAAAGAAACGUUUUCUGAAGUCACUAUCUUUCAAAGGUGUCCUUUGUAUUGUUCACGCCUUAACUUUGAGCAAAACAAAGACUUUGCACAAAAGAGAUGCAUGCUUUACUAACGGAGGAAAGUCUUGCUUGUUCAUAUCUACAAUUCUUUUGAAUUAAGCAUAUAUGCAAUGCAACAAGCAGAAGGACCUUUAUGCUGCCUUGUUCUUUUGCUUUUGACUGACAUUUCCACUCCACUGUAAAGGUUUGCUGUCCCAAACUCUGCAGCAAGUGCUUCUCUACCCAAGGGCUUCAUGUUGCUUAAAAACUAAGCAUUUUUAAAACUCUACUUUUAAACACUGUGUGCUGCAAAGGUGCUGGAGAAUUACAGCGCUAGGAGUUCCUGGAGCGAUUCCUUCUCCCUGUUUGAGGGGCUACAUUAUUCAUCUGCAAUUGGACUUAGUAAGUUUGUGACACUUACCCCUCUGCCUGAAGUUGGAGUCAAUUCCAUUUAUUCACAUUGUGUUUUUAAAUCCCUUUUGCUGCCUUAAGACAUCAGUUUAGUGAACCCAGUAAGUCAAAUUUCACCAUAUGCAUUUUGAGAUUGUUAUCUGUUGUUACAAAUCUGAUAUCUUUUAAUUACCGGGGAGGGGGGGAGUGUUUUUUAUUUUUAACAUCCAACAUUAUAGCAUGGUUUAAUGCUCUGAUGAAGUUCAGGAUACUACUUUUUUCUUCUCUGAGGUGUGUUUUGACAGGUCUGAAGCUUUCAUGUCAUUUUGACGGAUCAUGCCUUAAAGUGUUGUUUUAUUUAUUUUUGAAUUAUUGUAUGUUGCAAGCCUUUGGUUGCCAAAUGGAAAUAUUAAUGACUGUCAGUUUUAAUUUUAGAAGUUAAUUGGACCCUCAACCCACUCUGAUGAAAUUUUGCUCUUCAAAACAUUACCUUCUGAAACUGUGGUACUUCCAAGGGUAGGUUCUAUGAAAGACACGCUUAAGAGUGCAAUCCUACACAUGUCCACUCAGAAAUAAACCCCACUGGGUUCAAUGGGAUUUACUUCCAGGACAGCAGUGUUAAACAGAGCAGCUGGCUUAUUUGAAGUAGGAGUACAGUCUCUCAAUAAAAAUAUAUCCUUUUUUCUUCAUAUAAACAAAAGCAUUUUAAAGACCUUUAAAAGCACUUCAACUUACAACUUCAGGUAGUGUAUCAUUAUUCAUCAGUAAGCAGUUCAACAUAUAUUACAGAAAGUUCAAUUGAUAACACAAAUUCAUUUCUUUUUAAAUAAAUUUGUUGACUUGAAA